UUCCCCCCGCGCUCCGGCAGUGCGGGAGCGGCGCUGGGGCGAGCGCGGCGCCCGUUCCUCCCGGCCAGCCUCGCUCUCCUCCCUCCCCUUCUCCCCUCCCUCCGUUCCCUCCCUCGCCCUUCCCGCUCCGUUCCCGGCAGCGGGGAGGUCUCCAGGCCUCGGUGGAGGCGGCGAUGGGGAUGGCCGGGUUUUUGUCGCUGCGCUGCCCCGCCGGCUGCUGACGCCGCACCGCCCGCGUCCCGCGGACACCCCGCGCCAGAAAACACCAACAGGAAGGAUAACUUGAAAGGCUCUUGAUCACUUUCAAUUCCUGGAGUGUGCUGCCAGCAGCCAGGAUGUCGGGGGCGUCGGUGAAGGUGGCUGUUCGUGUCCGGCCCUUCAACUCCCGAGAAACCAGCAAGGAGUCCAAAUGUAUCAUCCAGAUGCAAGGCAAUUCCACCAGUAUUAUCAACCCAAAGAAUCCUAAGGAAGCACCAAAGUCCUUCAGCUUUGACUACUCUUACUGGUCCCACACAUCGCCUGAAGAUCCCUGCUUUGCAUCUCAGAGCCGUGUGUACAAUGACAUUGGGAAGGAGAUGCUCCAGCAUGCCUUUGAGGGCUACAACGUGUGCAUCUUUGCCUAUGGCCAGACUGGAGCUGGCAAAUCCUACACCAUGAUGGGCAAGCAGGAGGAGAGCCAAGCAGGCAUCAUUCCCCAGCUAUGUGAAGAGCUGUUUGAGAAAAUCAAUGACAACAGCAAUGAGGAAAUGUCAUAUUCUGUAGAGGUGAGUUACAUGGAGAUUUACUGUGAGAGAGUCAGAGACUUGUUGAACCCGAAGAACAAAGGGAAUUUGCGGGUGCGAGAGCAUCCUCUCCUUGGACCCUACGUGGAGGAUCUGUCCAAGUUAGCAGUCACAUCUUACACAGACAUUGCAGACCUCAUGGAUGCUGGGAACAAAGCCAGGACUGUGGCAGCCACCAACAUGAAUGAAACCAGCAGCCGCUCUCAUGCUGUGUUUACAAUUGUCUUUACUCAGAAGAAACAUGACACAGAAACUGACCUUUCCACAGAGAAGGUCAGCAAGAUCAGCCUGGUGGAUCUGGCUGGGAGUGAGCGAGCUGACUCCACCGGUGCCAAGGGAACGCGGUUAAAGGAAGGAGCAAAUAUUAACAAGUCUCUCACAACUCUGGGCAAAGUUAUUUCAGCAUUGGCUGAAGUGGAUAACUGCACCAGCAAGAGCAAAAAGAAGAAGAAGACAGACUUUAUACCCUACAGGGAUUCUGUACUAACGUGGCUCCUUCGAGAAAAUCUAGGUGGUAACUCCAGAACUGCAAUGGUCGCUGCUCUCAGUCCAGCAGACAUAAACUAUGAUGAAACUUUGAGCACUUUAAGAUAUGCUGAUCGUGCAAAGCAGAUUAAAUGCAAUGCUGUUAUCAACGAGGAUCCCAACGCCAAGCUGGUGCGGGAGCUCAAGGAGGAGGUGACGAGGCUCAAGGAUCUCCUGCGUGCUCAAGGCCUGGGAGAUAUUAUUGACAUUGAUCCAAUGGGAGAUGAAUACUCUGGAAGUGGAGUCAAAUAUCUGAAAGAUUUUCAGAACAAUAAGCAUAGAUACUUGCUAGCCUCCGAGAAUCAACGUCCUGGCAAUUUUUCCACAGCCUCCAUGGGGUCCCUCACUGCAUCUCCAUCCUCCUGCUCUCUCAGUAGUCAGGUGGGCUUAACAUCUGUGUCCAGUAUACAGGAAAGAAUCAUGUCAACACCAGGAGGAGAGGAGGCCAUUGAACGUUUGAAGGAGUCUGAGAAGAUCAUUGCAGAGCUGAAUGAAACAUGGGAAGAGAAACUGAGGAAAACAGAGGCCAUUAGGAUGGAAAGGGAGGCAUUGUUGGCAGAAAUGGGCGUUGCCAUUCGGGAAGAUGGAGGAACACUUGGAGUCUUCUCACCCAAAAAGACUCCUCAUCUUGUAAACCUUAAUGAAGAUCCUCUCAUGUCUGAAUGUCUGCUGUACUACAUCAAAGAUGGCAUCACAAGGGUGGGCCAGGCUGACGCAGAGCGGCGCCAGGACAUUGUGCUGAGCGGGGCUCACAUCAAGGAGGAGCACUGCGUGUUCCGCAGCGAGAGGAACAACAACGGCGAAGUUAUUGUUACUUUGGAGCCUUGUGAACGAUCAGAAACCUACGUGAAUGGCAAGAGGGUUGUGCAGCCUGUGCAGUUGCGCUCAGGAAAUCGUAUCAUCAUGGGUAAAAAUCAUGUCUUCAGAUUCAACCACCCAGAGCAAGCACGAGCAGAAAGAGAGAAAACACCAUCAGCUGAGACUCCCUCAGAGCCAGUUGACUGGACAUUUGCUCAGAGGGAGCUUCUGGAGAAGCAGGGCAUUGACAUGAAGCAAGAGAUGGAGAAAAGAUUACAAGAAAUGGAGAUCUUAUAUAAGAAAGAGAAGGAGGAAGCUGAUCUCUUGUUGGAGCAGCAAAGACUGGACUAUGAGAGCAAGCUGCAGGCCCUCCAGAAGCAGGUGGAGACACGGUCCUUGGCAGCUGAGACAACUGAGGAGGAGGAGGAGGAGGAGGAAGAAGUGGCCUGGACACGCCAUGAAUAUGAACUCGCCCAGUGGGCUUUCAGGAAGUGGAAAUUCCACCAGUUCACUUCGCUGAGGGACCAGCUCUGGGGAAAUGCAGUAUAUCUGAAGGAAGCCAAUGCAAUCAGUGUAGAGUUAAAGAAAAAGGUGCAGUUCCAGUUCGUGCUGCUCACAGACACGCUGUACUCACCGCUGCCCCCGGAGCUGCUGCCCCCCGAGCCCGAGCAGGGCCGCGAGCGCCGCCCGUUCCCCCGCACCGUGGUGGCCGUCGAGGUGCAGGACCUGAAGAACGGAGCCACGCAUUACUGGUCCCUGGAAAAACUCAAGCAGAGGCUGGAGCUGAUGCGGGAGAUGUACGACCGGGCGGGGGAAGUGGCCUCGGGCAGCCAGGAGGAGCCCGAGGGCUCCAUGACGGGCAGCGACCCCUUCUACGACCGCUUCCACUGGUUCAAGCUCGUGGGCAGCUCCCCCAUAUUCCACGGCUGCGUCAACGAGCGCCUGGCCGAUCGCACGCCCUCCCCCACUUUCUCCACGGCCGACUCCGACAUCACUGAGCUGGCAGAUGAGCAGCAGGAUGAGAUGGAGGACUUUGAUGAUGAGGCCUUUGUGGAUGACACUGGCUCCGACGUUGGCACUGAGGAGGGAUCAGACCUCUUCAAUGAUGGGCGCGACCCGUUUUACGACCGAUCCCCUUGGUUCAUUUUAGUGGGAAGAGCCUUCGUGUACCUGAGCAACCUGCUGUACCCAGUGCCCCUGAUCCACAGGGUGGCCGUGGUCAGCGAGAAGGGCGAGGUGCGCGGCUUCCUGCGCGUGGCUGUGCAGGCCAUAGCAGCUGAUGAAGAAGCCCCAGAUUAUGGAUCGGGUAUUCGACAGUCUGGCACAGCUAAAAUUUCAUUUGACAAUGAGUAUUUUGAUAAGAGUGACUUUUCUUCAGUUGCGAUGACUCGGUCUGGACUGUCGCUGGAGGAGUUAAGGAUUGUGGAAGGGCAAGGACAGAAUUCAGAGGUUACCACUCCUCCAGAGGAGAUCAACAGAAUGAAUGAGCUGGACUUGAAGUCAGCCACUUUGGAUGGAAAGAUGACUAUGGAAGGAUUCACUGAGGAAAUUGGUGAUCACCUGAAGCUGGGCAGUGUGUUUACCUUCCGUGUGACAGUGCUUCAGGCCAGUGGCAUCCUGCCCGAAUACGCAGAUAUUUUCUGCCAGUUCAACUUUUUACAUCGACAUGAUGAAGCUUUCUCAACAGAACCUCUCAAAAACAAUGGCAGAGGGACUCCCCUUGGGUUUUACCAUGUUCAGAAUAUUGCUGUGGAAGUGACAGAAUCUUUUGUGGAGUACAUCAAAACAAAGCCUAUUGUCUUUGAAGUCUUUGGGCAUUAUCAGCAGCAUCCUCUCCACCUGCAGGGACAGGAUCUCAACAGCCCUCCACAGCCUUCUCGAAGAUUCUUCCCUCCUCCUAUGCCACUGUCAAAGCCAGUGCCAGCUACAAAGCUGAAUACUAUGAGCAAGCCCAGCUUGGGCCAGAGUGUGAGCAAAUACGACCUCCUGGUGUGGUUUGAGAUCAGUGAACUGGAGCCAACAGGGGAGUACAUCCCUGCUAUUGUGGAUCACACCGGGGGCCUGCCCUGCCAGGGGACCUUCCUGCUGCACCAGGGAAUCCAGCGGAGGAUCACAGUCACCAUUAUCCAUGAGAAGGGCAGUGAGCUGCACUGGAAGGAUGUGCGAGAGCUGGUGGUUGGGCGUAUAAGAAAUAAAGCAGAGGUAGAUGAAGCUGCUGUGGAUGCCAUUCUGUCUUUGAAUAUUAUCUCUGCAAAAUACCUGAAAUCCUCUCACAGCUCCAACAGGACUUUCUACCGGUUUGAGGCAGUUUGGGACAGUUCCUUGCACAACUCCCUGCUCCUCAAUCGAGUGACGCCGUAUGGAGAGAAGAUCUACAUGACCCUUUCUGCCUACCUGGAGCUCGACCACUGCAUCCAGCCCGCUGUGAUCACCAAGGACGUGUGCAUGGUGUUCUACUCGCGGGACGCCAAGAUCUCCCCGCCGCGCUCCCUGCGCAGCCUCUUCGGCAGCGGCUACUCCAAAUCCCCCGACUCCAAUCGAGUAACUGGGAUCUAUGAACUGAGUUUAUGCAAAAUGUCAGACACAGGAAGUCCAGGAAUGCAGAGGAGGAGGAGGAAAGUCCUGGAUACUUCUGUGGCAUAUGUGAGGGGCGAAGAGAACCUGGCAGGUUGGAGGCCCAGGGGGGACAGCCUCAUUCUAGAGCAUCAGUGGGAACUGGAGAAACUGGAGCUGCUGCAUGAGGUGGAAAAAACGCGACAUUUUCUUCUGCUUCGUGAGAAGCUUGGUGACAGCAUCCCCAAGUCCCUGAGUGACUCGUUGUCUCCCAGCCUGAGCAGUGGAACCCUCAGCACCUCCACCAGCAUUUCCUCUCAGAUUUCCACCACGACCUUCGAGAGCGCGGUGACGCCCAGCGAGAGCAGCGGCUACGACUCGGCCGACAUCGAGAGCCUGGUGGACAGGGAGAAGGAGCUGGCCACCAAGUGUCUGCAGCUUCUUACUCAUACUUUCAAUCGGGAAUUCAACCAGGUGUACAACAGCAUCAGUGAUUGUAAGCUCUCGGAUAUUUCUCCCAUUGGGCGGGACCCGUCCGUGUCCAGUUUCAGCAGCGCCACCCUCACCCCUUCAUCCACCUGCCCUUCUCUGGUGGACUCCAGGUGCAAUUCAGUUGACCAGAAGACACCAGAAGCAAAUUCUCGUGCCUCCAGUCCCUGUCAUGAGGUGGAGCAGUUCCAGAUAAUUCCUGCAGUAGAAACUUCCUACCUUGCCAGAGCUGGAAAGAACGAGUUCCUAAACCUUGUUCCUGAUAUUGAGGAAAUCAGACCAGGCUCUGUGGUGUCAAAGAAAGGAUACCUCCACUUCAAGGAGCCGCUCUCCAGCUCCUGGGCCAAGCACUUUGUGGUGGUUCGCCGUCCUUAUGUUUUUAUUUACAACAGUGACAAAGAUCCUGUAGAAAGAGGAAUCAUAAACUUGUCCACAGCUCAGGUGGAAUACAGUGAGGAUCAACAGGCAAUGGUGAAGACCCCCAACACGUUUGGAGUGUGCACCAAGCACCGUGGAGUCCUGCUGCAGGCCAUCAAUGACAAGGACAUGAAUGACUGGUUGUACGCCUUCAAUCCUCUCCUGGCCGGCACCAUUCGGUCAAAGCUGGCUCGAAGACGCACGGGCCAGAUGAAGUACUGAGUCCAUGUAAUGUUCUCAUCUGUUCUCACCUUCCCAUAGAUAGUGUUACCUCUCAUUUUCUCUUUGUGAUUCUUGACAGUUUCUCUUGUAUGUAAUCCUGUGGCUUAACAUCCCCCACCUUCCCCACUCCUUCAGCACAUUUUCUAGGUAUUCUAACCCUACCUUGUUUCUUUUCACCUGUACCUGAAUUGUACUAGUAGCAUGUGGCCAAACAAAAAGAGAAAGAAAAAAAAAAAUCAAAAAAAUCGAGUGAUUAUGCACGACUCUGAAAAGAAAAAAAAAAAUUUCCUAUAACAAUUGUUUAUCCAUUUCAACUGACCUUUUGGUGUCUGUCCCACUGUCCACUGUCUGUCUAGACUGCUACAGGGUUUUCAUUCAAUUUGUGACUUGGCAGUGGUCAUUGGUUCCCUCAGGGCAAAGUUCCAAUGCCAGGGAAAGAUAAAUUGUUUAAUGGAGACAUUACCCAGCCAGGAACUGCAAUAGCUCCUCAGGCUUUCUGGAUCCAGCCUCGAAGUUAAACUCUGUUGAAAGCUGAUAUUGGACAAAUCUAUCUGGACAGACUGGAUUUGGGACUUUGUUUCUGAGUUUCCAGGGCCCAGCAGGCUAAGGCACGAGCUAGGAAAACUGAGGGAACAAACCAGGAGGGGCUGGCUAGAACAAUCUGCUUGAAACUCUUGCUGUGGGGGUUGCAGGUGAACAGUGCUUGGGUUUAACUCUUUCCCAGAAGAGUUUCCAUCAGCACACACUCCUCAGCCUCUGAACUGAGGAGUUUCCAUCAGCACACACUCCUCAGCCUCUGAACUGUGCUGAUAUGAGGGGAAAUAGACCACAGACUGAAAUAUGAGAUAAAAUCCCCAAAAUUUCAGAUGCUCAAGCCAUGUAUUGGACAGAUGGGGAGUGUUAAAUAGAAGUGAAAGUUCCUCCCUGGGAAGGGGCUGGGACUGCCAUGGCUGUGUCAGGGCUGCUCCCAAGGGCCUGUUUGUGCAUCCCUAACCUGUAAUGAUCCUGUGUCACCCCCCCUGUCCAUGGGAGCACCCAGGGUCUGUGCAACACUUCCUAGGCAGUGUUCACACCUGCAGUGUUCUCAGGGAGCCACAGGACACUCUCAGUUCCUUUGGAAAUAACUGCUGAGUGUCUCCUAAUUUCCCUGCUGCAGUUUUCAUCAGCUAAACCCCACUGUAUUCAGAGUUAACCCCUCUGGGGAACAGAGCAAGUGGAUUCUGGUCCUGGUCAGUGGCAUGUCAUAGUUGGCUCCUUGGGCACCAGCUGGGUGGUGUCAGUUCUUGGCCUGCAGUGUGAGUUCUUGUGGCCAAAGCUUUGCUCCUUGCCCCAGGAAGAAGAGCAGAAUGAAUUUCCUUUUGGGGAAGUGAGCUCCCCUCUCUCAGUCAGGUGUUGGGGAUGCUGUGUGCUCUUUCCUGCUGUGUUACCUUUCCUGCUGCACCCAGGGCCCUGCUGGGGCUGGCUGUGGUCCUGGGCAGUGUAAAGGGAUUUCAGCAGGGCAGAGGUGAGGGUCUGUCCCCCCUUGCAGGAGGCACAGCAGGCACAGUGCAGCCCAGGAGGCUCAGUGGGGUUCAGGCCACGCGUGUGGGGCACUGGGCUGUGCUGAGGAAGCUUUGCUGGCUGGGGCCUCAUGCCCAGGGCAGCUCAGGGCACACUGGGAGCUGCUGGCAGGCACAGGAGCAGGGACAUGGAGCUCACACUUGCUACCUUGACAUAUCUCCAGGUAGUUCUCAAGCUAACUCAUGCUCAUGCUGUCUCUGUGCUCCUCAGAUUUACUUCAGAACUGGCAGCCAGAGUGAGGGAGCAUCCUGGGCACCCAGGAACAUGAUAGGAAUAGGGUUUUGAUUUUGUUUUCUUUUUCCCUUUUGUUUUUGUCUUGUUUAACUGUGUGUGACUCUUAAUACAGUGAUGAUAUUCCUUUGUUAUGCAAUGAUGAUAAAGCACUUCCAGUGUGUGGAUAAAACUGCUUGUCCUGCAGGAGGGCUCCUCACACUGCAGCUAAGCUGAUCUCAAGAAUUAGGUUAAUUCUAAGCAUUAAGUUAUUGCUGCCAUCACCACUGUUUAUAAUGACAGUGGAACCUGUUUGAGGAGGCAGAGUGAUUGAGGUGGGGGUAGGUUGUGACACACUGAGAGCAUUUUAACUUUUAUCUGUUUCUUUUUUUUUAACUAGAAGAAAACUAGUUUUCUAAGUCUUUGCUUUGGAUGAGCCAGAGAAUGAACCAUGUGGUUACAGGCAUUGCACAAAAUCAUGAUAAAGGGAUCUUCAUUUAAAAGCAGGAAGAGACAGAUGCUUAUCUUACAGAGAGCUUGAAGUGUUACAGUUGUUGCAUAAAUGUCACUCUUCUGUCUUAAACUCCAAGCAAAUUCUGGUGACUUGAGGUCUGAGUGGAUAAUGGAUCACCAGAAGACCAAAAGUCUGGUUUUAAGCAUCAGCAUCUCUUAAAGCUGCAUAAUCUGUAACAAACUAGGUCCUUGUUGUGUGGAGUUCAAAUGGGCAUCACUGUUUUCAGGUCUGACAUAAAGGCAGACAAAAGUUUUUCUGCAAUUACUGAAGCCUGCUUUGAGACAUUUGGGUUUUCCUACUUAAAACUGAACUGAAACCAGUCCAAGUUUUCUUUAAGGAGAUAACAAACCAAACAAAUAAACAAAAAAAGUGAAUUUCCAUUCACUUCAAAGCUUAGCCCAACAUGUUAGAAAUUUCUUUUUGGAAGCAGAAUGAGGAAGGAAAAAUAUGCUAAGUUACCUUCUGCUGACACUCCAAAGCCCAUUGUUGGUUUCCUGCUGUGUGUGUGGAGUCCCAGGGUCAGACAGCUCUGGGGACUCAGCCUGUGCUGCUGAGGGCCUGCCAGCCCGUGAGGACACGCACCAGCAGGGGCUUGCUGGGCAUUGCCUGGGGGGAACGAGUGUCAAACUCUGCUGCAUUUGGGUUUUUGCGUUCCUCGCCAAAAGGAAGGAGAAAACUGUCCUUUUUGUCCAUUGAAAAUUAUGUUGGAUCUUCCUGGGUAUUGUAAAAUUAAGCUAAACCUCCUAUACUGUGUUUUAGAAAUGCACUUUAAGUACCUUUUAAAGAAGAUUCCUGUAUUCUGGGAAUACAGAAGAGAAGGGAGCACUAUUUCCAGAGAGUAUGAUUUCCCGACUGCCAAGAAAAGGUUUUUUGUGUCAAUGUCUAACAGUCCUUAUUACUGAUUAGCAUGGUAUUUCAAAGCAAAGACUUUACUUUUUGCUGCUUGUUAUCUAAUUUACAGGGAUUUAAUUUUAUGUAAUGUAUUGUAUAUUUAUACAUCUGUAAUUAAUUGCACAUUAGAUAAGAAAGAGGAUUAGCUUCGGUCUAACACCCACUGGUACUAAACAGCCUGUGCACGUGGAUCUGCCUGUACCUGCACACCCGAGCUGCUGCAGCUGGGGCUGGGUGUUGUGCUGGAGGGGAGCUGUGACUGCUCUGCAGGAGGAAGGUGAUGCUGUGCUGUGCUGGGUGUUGUGCUGGAGGUGAGCUCUUCUCUGAGCUGUGACUGCUCUGCAGGAGGAAGGGCAGCUGGUGCUGUGCUGGGUGUUGUGCUGGAGGGGAGCUCUUCUCUGAGCUGUGACUGCUCUGCAGGAGGAAGGGCAGCUGGUGCUGUGCUGGGCGUUGUGCUGGAGCUGAGCUGUGACUGCUCUGGACAGGAAGGUCCUGCUGUGCUCGGGAGGGCUGUGCUGCCGGGCCCUGCGUUGCAUCUCUCUUUGGUAGUCACCAACCCAGUCUGUGCUCCGGCUGUAGUGUCUGUAGCAGGAUGUAUUAACUUCGUGCUUCCUUGUUUCAAAACAUCAGCUGCUCAAGAGCAGGACUGACUUUUGUUCAGAAGGCCAUUUAUGUGUUCAAUGUAUUUGAAAUCAAAACUAGUCCAACACUAACCAGAUGAUUGUGUCCAAUGUCAUUGGGAACAGGAUUGAAAUUGCUGGGAUCAGCUGUGUAUUCAGAAAAGUGCUGUGGAGCUCCUAAGUCUUCAAUUCUUAACGUUGCCAAGUGAAUGGGCUGCCCCUGAGCAGUGCUGAAUUUUCCUCCUGCUUGCCUGGAAACCAGGGCCUGGAAGCAGAGGGAGUCUGGAAUGGUCAGCACUUCCCAGGGUCAGGUCUGAAUUUUCCACUUUGCUUGUUCACAUUUCAUGUGUGGUUGGUUGUGGCUCCCGGGUUUGGACAUCAGACGUGCUGUUCACAGAAUACAUCCCUUGGAAUUGCGGUCCCCAUGUCCCUGUAAUCUCUGUACACAAGGUAUACAAGGUAAAUGCUGUAUAAGUGGCCUUCUUGAACAAAUCUCUUUGCAAACUGAUUUCAUCCCAGCGAAGGAGUGUAUCAGCAACACUGUACAUUAAUUUCAGGUUUUCAUUUUCUUAUUUUAUUUUGUAAAUAUAUCCGAUAUUUGGAGCUUGAGUAUACAAAAUGUAAAUAUAGUUCAUGUAUUUGUACUAAUUCUGAUCCAUUUGCUGUAUAGCCUUAGGUGUGCAAUGCAGAUAUCUAACUGUGUAUGGUAACCUUGCACCACUGAAUUGUUAGUGAACGAGGUGAAACAAUAAAGGUACAACCAGUGCAUUAGCAGACAGAA